AUGUCAGCUCUGAAGAAGGUGUUGCCAGGCAUACUGAAGAAGCAUUGCUGUAUCUUACCAGACAGGAACACAGAAUCACAGUGCACACUGUGUGGUGAGCCAGAAGACCAACAGUAUUCAUGGACGCCCUCGCAGUACUUCGAUGAGGACAGCUACUCCCCUCCACCCAGGAACAUGAAGGGUCUCUCUGGCGGGCGCCCUGCCCAGCUCCACCUCACCUCUCCCAACUCAGCCCACACCUGUGGACUGGUAGAAUGCGACCAUCCCCUGGACCAUCACCUCCACCAUGGCAGCUCACGGCCUCCCUCCUACCUCCUCAGCCCCACAGAGAGCUGCCCCCUCGAGAGUCACCAUCGCUUUUCCCCGCGGAGCUCCAUCCACUCCGAGUGCAUGGUGGUACCGGUGUCCAUGUCGGCCACCGACCACUCCAUGUCCAGUAGCACUUUCCCCCGCAUGCACUAUGGCAGCGCUUCGGACUCCCGGGACGACGGAGGCUCCUCCUCGCACGGCGGCAGUGGCAAAAUGAACCGAAUCCCAGUGAACCUCCUGGACCAAUUUGAGAAGCAGAUGCCCCUGCACCGGGAUGGCUUCCACACGCUGCAAUACCAACGCACCUCCACCACGACCACGACGACAGAGCAGCGCAACGAAAGCCCCGGGCGAAUACGCCACUUAGUCCACUCGGUACAGAAGCUCUUCACAAAGUCGCACUCUCUGGAAGGUUCCUCCAAAAUGAACGGUACCAAAGGCGACUCGCACCGGGACAACUCCCACCACAACCAUCACCACCACCAAGGCCACCACCAAGGCCACCACAAACACAGCAAACGCAGCAAGAGCAAAGAACGAAAGUCUGACGGCAGCGGCAAGCAACGCUCGGGAGGUUGGUGGAGUUCGGAUGACAACCUGGACAGUGACAGCACAUACAGAACGCCCGGCGUCAUGUCCCGGCAUCCCGUGGACCACAACAGCCACUGCUACCCCGACUCUAUGCACGGCCACCUGGCCGGAGACCUGUCGCUAAAGACCUCCAAAAGUAACAACGAUGUCAAGUGCUCAGCCUGCGAGAGCAUAAGCAUGGCGCCAGAGGGAAAGUUCAUGAAGAGGAGCUCCUGGUCAACACUCACGGUCAGCCAAGCCAAGGAGGCCUACAGGAAGUCGUCACUCAACCUGGAGAAACCCAUGACACCCACCGACCUCAGGCCCAACAUCAGGCCCUGCCACUAUCUACAGGUGCCCCAAGACGACUGGGGGGGCUACCCCGGCGGAGGGAAGGAUGACGAGAUCCCUUGUCGUCGGAUGCGGAGCAGCAGCUACGUUAAAGCCAUGGGGGACGAGGAGAGCGGAGAAUCGGACUCCAGCCCCAAAGCAUCGCCUCAGAAGUUUGUGCGACCCGACGCCCUGGUCAAGGCCAUCAUCAGACCCAGGGACAUGCUGGACUCCCAGAGUCAGAGCUACCACUUGCAAGCCACCAGGGACAUGCACCCCAGCAUUACCCUGGAUCCCUCUGUCAACUACAACUCUCCGAAGUUUCGCUCCAGGAACCAGAGCUACAUGCGGGCAGUCAGCACCCUCAGUCAGGCUAGCUGUGUUAGCCAAGUGAGUGAAACAGAAGUAAAUGGUCAGUUUGAGUCAGUGUGCGAGUCGGUGUUCAGUGAGGUCGAAUCCCAGGCCAUGGAGGCCUUGGACCUGCCCGGCUGCUUCAGAACCCGGAGUCACAGCUACUUGCGAGCCAUCCAGGCCGGCUACUCCCAAGACGAUGACUGCAUCCCCCCAAUGGCGUCCACUGUCACCUCCACCAUCAGGUCUACCACAGUCAUCACCUACACACCCAACUACAAGAAGGGCCCUCCUCCAGUCCCGCCCCGUAACACUUCCAAACCCCUCAUCUCCAUCACGGCCCAGAGCAGCACCGAGUCCACGCAGGACGCCUACCAUGAGGGGAGGCUUCCUCAUGGGGGCAUAUGGGCCCCGGACGGCCUCAGCCUGGGCCUGAGUCCAUGCAGGGCCCUCUAUAACUCCACCGACAGCCUGGACAGCACCAAGGCUGUGACCAUAGCCAUGGAGGCAGCCGGCGUCAUGGCUGGAAAAAGACACCCGUCCACAGACAGCCACAGCUCGGUGCUCACCUGCGACAAGGCCGUGCUGGUGUCGAGGGAUGAGGAGUACUUGAAGACACCUCGAUCCUCCAUAGGGAUACAGGUGGAAGCAGCCACGGACUCAGAGUCAGAAGGCAAAGGUCUGCGGGAGUACCACUCUGUUGGGAUCCAGGUGGAGGAGAAAGGACAGGGCAGGUUCAAACGCUCCAACAGUGUGACUGCAGCUGUGCAGGCCGACAUGGAGUUGGAGGGCUUCCCCACCAUGGAGGACAAGGGCCUGCAGUUCGGUGGGGGCUUCCAGCGUCACGCCGAGCCCAGCACGCCCAUCCAGUACGGGGCGGUGAGAACCGUGCGCACCCAGGGGCACUUCAGCUACCGCGAGGAUUACCGUACCGCCGCCGAACCCCCCAGCCCCAGGAAGACCACCAGCAAAACCAACUGGCAGCUGGAAACCCCCUCCCCGCGGAAGAGCGCGGCCUCGCCGGGCGAGUCCGGCAGGGCGUCCCCUUCCGUGAGGAGGGAUGGGAGCUGGUUCAUGCAACUGCUCCACACGGAGACCAAGAGGAUUGAGGCCUGGUGUAAAGAGAUGGAGGCAGAAGCCGAAGAGAAUGACCUGUCGGAGGACAUCCUAGGUAAAAUCCGAAGUGCAGUGGGAAGCGCUCAGCUGCUUAUGUCCCAGAAAUUCCAGCAAUUCUACUGGCUGUGUCAGCAAAACCUGGACCCCAGUGCCAUGCCGCGGCCCACCUCUCAGGACCUGGCCGGGUUCUGGGACCUCCUGCAGCUCUCCAUCGAUGAUGUCACCACGAAGUUUGACCAGCUGCAGCAGAUCAAGAACAACAACUGGAGGCCCUCGGACAGCCCGGAGAAGAAGGUGAGGGAAAGAAAGACUCCACUCGCUCCUGUACCAAAGAAGACAAUUCGACAAAGGAGCUUGGUGACGAGGGAGAAAUCCCUGGACCUCCCAGACAGGGGGCGGCAGGAGGCCCGUCUGAGGCUCAUGGCAGCCAAGCGGGCCAACUCCUUCCGGCAGAACUCAGCCUCGGAGCGGGCAGACAGCAUCGAGAUCUAUAUUCCCGAGGCUCAGACUAGACUUUGAGAAGAUGGGGUCCAGGGUCGACGCGUCUCCCUGCUCCCACCUUCAAACGACUUUAAAACUAGCCUUUUUUCUAGACUGCUCCUCUCUGUACUCUUGCUCUCUCCAUCUGUUGUCUGAUCUCGAUAGCCAUCCUCAGCGCCCAUCGCCAACACCAUUGGUCUGCAGGAUGUGCCGAGCCUCUUCUCCCAUCGCCAGAAUAAGUGUUAGCGGAUAUGUGUGUCUGACAUGGGUUGGUUGGGGUUCUCCUUGGUUUGCUGGUGGUCAUGACACCCAGCCUACAAGCGCUCUCAUCCAAUUUCCUGGAUGGGUACGUCCGUAGUUUUUCAGCAUUUGCAAAGUGCCAUUUAAAAAGUGCAGCUUUGAAAACCUACCAGCAACCAGGCCUUUGAGCUCAAAAGAGUAAAUGAGAGAAACUAUAUUUAUUUCAAGUUGUGCGAAACGUCAGAAAGCCUCCAGUAUCUUUCAAUAAUUUAAUUACAUUAUGACUCCUUUUGUUGUCUUUAUGGGAUAAAUGUUAAUUCCAGGCAAAAUAUCACAAAAUUGUUGUAAGUUCAGAAAACUUUGAAAAGUGCCAAUGCUUGAAAUACCUCAACUAUGUGCAUGUGGCACUGAUCACCCAUUCAAGGUUAUUCAGGCAGCCCUUAUAAGCUCUGGACUGGUCAGUGUUGAAAAAUGCAGCUUUCUACUCAAUCUGGUUGUAGUCAAAUGUUUUUCUUGGUCUGGAUUGGUGGAAGAAUGACAUCUGUCAGCUCAUUUACAUGCACAUUUCACACAAUUUUCCUCUAUAUCUCAUGUUCCUGUUGCCAACUUUCAAAUAUUGACAUUUACUUGAAGCUGAAAACAUGCAAGUCUCGUGCCAACAUUCUCACCAUGUCAAUGCAGUAGGAAAAAAACCGAUAAAGGGUUGUGUAACUCCUUAGAUAAAAAUGUGUAGACAAAUGCACUUAUGCACUUAUUACAAUUCUCUCUAUUUCCAAGGGAAAUGUACAUACCCAAGUUCACAAUAGUACUGUUGUAUUUUUGAAGUGUGAGCGGGAAGAAUAUUCACGGUGUACAUUUGUUUCCCUCAUGGCCACUUCUUGCCUGCCCUCUCUCUUGCUUUUGACAGACUUAGAUUUGGUGCAUACAUACCGUGGCUCGAUCUCUCUCUCACACACACACACACACACACACACGCUGCUGUGUUUUCAUCUAAUAAACUUCUCUCAGGCCCUUUCAAGUCGCGCCCUCAGCCACAGUUAAUGAGGAUAGAACAACUGCCAAAACAUAAACAAAAUAUCCGCAUCCUGGUUUCAUUAAUCCAAGAAAUGAUUUGUAAUCUUCAUAUUUCUUGAA